UCUAUCUUCUUUUGCCUCUUACAAUUUCAUAUUGUUCAUCCAUGGCGUUGAUAUCUUCUUCUUCUUCGAUUAACCCACAAGCCAAGUAUGAUGUCUUCCUUAGUUUUAGGGGUGAGGAUACUCGAGAUAACUUUACAAGCCAUCUCUAUGCUGCUCUACGUCGAAAACAAAUCAAAACAUUCAUUGAUUAUGAUGGACUUAAGAGGGGAGAUGAAAUUUCACCUGUUCUCUUGAAAGCAAUUGAAGAAUCAAAGAUUUCAGUCAUUAUUUUGUCAAAAGAUUAUGCUGAUUCCAAAUGGUGCUUGGAUGAACUUGCAAAGAUUAUUGAAUGCAAGAAAAUGAAUGGCCAAAUGGUUGUACCGAUUUUCUACCAUGUAAAUCCAUCAGAUGUGCGAAAGCAAACCGGAUGUUUUAAGAAUGCUUUUGUCAAACAUGAAAAAUGUUUCAAGGAGUUGACGGAAAAAGUUCAGAGGUGGAAGGAUGCUUUGACUGAAGCAUCUAAUAUAUCCGGAUGGGAUUCGAUGGUGAUUAGGCCUGAGUCCAAACUAGUAGACGAAAUUGUCAAAGAUGUUUUGAAGAAAUUGAAUUAUAUAUCGCCCUCAAGUCAUUGGAAAGAUCUAGUGGGAAUAGAUUCACGCAUCGAGGAAGUUGUAUCAUUAUUAUGCAUUGGGUCAUUAGAUUUUCGAGUUGUAGGAAUUUGGGGAAUGGGCGGUAUAGGUAAAACAACCAUUGCUGAAGCUGUUUUUAGAGAAAUUUCUAGUCAUUUUGAAGGUUGCUCUUUCAUUGCAAAUGUUAGGGAAGAAUCAGAAAAAUGUGGUGGACUAGUUCGAUUACGAGAACAAAUUCUUUCUUCAAUUUUAGAAGAAGAAAAUCUUCAGAUGGGCAUCGCCUAUAAUAUACCUCAAUUUAUGAAGCACAGAAUUCAGUGCAAAAAGGUUUUCAUUAUUCUUGAUGACGUUAAUGAUAUUGAGCAUUUAGAAGUUUUAACCAGAGGGCUUGAUGGAUUUGGUCUAGGCAGUAGAGUCAUUAUAACCACUAGAGAUAAACAAGUGCUUCGUAAUUAUGGAGUUGAACACAUAUAUGAAGUCAAGGGAUAUUAUGACUAUGAAGCUCUUCAAAUCUUUUGUAAUUGUGCAUUUAAACAAAACCAUCCGCUUGAAGAUUUCAUGGUGCUCUCAAAGGAGAUAAUUGAUUAUUGCAAAGGCAGUCCGUUAGCUCUUAAAGUGUUGGGCUCCUCACUGUAUCGAAGGAGUAAACGAGAUUGGCAAAGUUCUUUGGGUAAAUUGAGAAGAAUUUCUAAUCCAAAAAUUCACAAUGUGUUGAAAAUCAGCUAUGAUGGACUAGAUGAUGAAGAAAAAAACAUAUUUCUAGACAUUGCUUGUUUUUUUAAAAGGUGGGACAUCAAUUAUGUAAUAGAUAUACUAGGCAGGUAUUACAUAUCUCCUUAUUUUGGACUAAGUGUUCUCCUUGAUAAGUCACUUGUAACAACAUCAGGCAAUCUAUUAGAAAUGCAUGAUUUACUUCAAGAAAUGGGUUGGGAAAUUGUACGCCAAGAAUCGUUGAAAGAGCCUGGCAAACGUAGUAGGUUAUGGCAUCACGAGGAUGUCUUCCAUGUACUGAAGAACAAUACAGGAACCCAUACGGUCGAAGGAAUGUGCUUAGAUAGAAUAAAAUCAGAGAUGUGA